GAAGGUUUCAGCAUUCCUUGGAAUCAUUUUUACUGUGCUUUCUUUUUAGAAAAACUCCACGGACUUGCAAAUCUAGGUAAAACGUGCUUCGCCAAUGCUCUGCUGCAGAGUUUAUCGGCGUGUCCGACGUUUGUGUCUUGGCUGGAGAGCAUUCCUAUAACUGACGAGAUGGUGUUCCUUAAAGCUUUACUCGAACUCAUUAAAGGUCUUAACCGUCGAUCAACGACCGAACUGUCGGCAGAGAGCAUACUGACUUCGCUCAAGUCUCAUCGGUGGCAAGUCGAUGCCUACAGAGAACAGGAUAUUUUCGAGCUGUUCAACAAAGUACGACUAAUGAGCUGCUUACGACAAAGCUUUGCGCCUGAAUUGAUCAGGGACAAACAGUGUGAACGCUGCGAACGGCGCGAUGCGAUAAUGGGCGAUUCCAUACAUCCGAACGGUAAUAUGACCAGGCAGCAACGCUUCAGUAGACUACCGAAAUGCCUGAUUUUCUUGAUUCAGCGAACGGUGUGGUUCAGCGACCUCCAAGCCAGAAAACUUACCAAACCCAUCGAAAUGCAGGAGUUCGUUGACCUUCGCAGCUACAUGUACCAUUCUGGCGAUGUUCCUUCAGAAUAUUCAGCAAAGUAA